UCACGUCGAAUGUUGUUUUCAAGUUUGAAUCCUUAAUUGUUAACUUAAGUUUUUUUAGAUAAAUUAACCAUGAGCAGCAUCGAUGAUUCUAGUAUUAUUGCAGGAUUAUCCAACCUGUCACGUAUUUCCAAAGUCAAUAACACGACUUUGUAUAAAUUUGAUUCUACUUGUAAUACAUCAGAAUGGCGUAGCAUGUUGACAGAUUUUCAAAAAACAGAUUUAAAAAAAAAUUCAGAUUAUACUAAAAUUAAUCAAGCUCUUAGAUCUGUAGAAGAUAGUACUGCUGAAUAUGCUAUUUUACAGAUGAUGUACGAGUGUUUGCAGAACACAAUUGAUAGUGAAGCAUCUGGAAUGGAUAAUAAAACCUUAAAUAAACUCAGAGAUCUUGUAUCAAUACAUGAAAUUAAAAAACAUCUUCAUCUACCUAAUAAUUCAAAAGAUCAUAAAGAUGAAUUAAGUCUGUUAGGGAUCAUAGAUUUACCUAAAUAUGAAUUUACCUAUGAAGAACAAUUAUCAAUAAAAAAUUGUUUGGAAACCAAAGCAAAGGAAAAACUUGAUAAGUUCAUACAAAUAUACAAAAGUUAUGUGGGAACAAUAAAAAAUUUAUCAAAAAACAAUGAAUCAAUGCUUUGUCAACGAUUUCAACAAAAAGGAGAACUAGAAAAUAUACACUGGAAGGAAAAAAUCGAAGAAGUAUGCUAUGAGUAUCAACGAGACUUAUUGUACUGUUUAGAAUUGUUGAAACAAUGGGAAGACAUUAAAAGUAGAGUUAAUAAAAAAAAUACAAAAGAUGCAGAGAACUUAUUGCUCCAAGCAGAAAUUGCAGAGAAAAAAGCUAUGAUUACAAAGCUUACUUGUACCAUUCGCAUGUACCUGGAGACUCCUGUAACUGUAGAUGCCUUUAGAAUCCUCAAUAACAGUUUAGAUGAUAAAUUAGCGUCUGUUACUCAAGAAAUCCAAACAAAAAAUGAUUUACUGAAGGCAUACAGUGCAUUAAAUGGAACAGAAUACGAUGAAAUCUUAAGAAAAUACUUGGAAAUUUGUCAUGUUAUAAAAAAAAAGAAAAAAUUAUUAGAGCAGUUGUGAAUAAACUAUUGUACGUAUUAAGUAUUUUUGUAUAUUUUAUAUAUGAGAGUAAAAUUGUUUGCAUUUGAAGAUA